CCCACACACACAUAGACGUCCUCAUGUAACAGGAUUAAUAAUGAUUAUAUUAUCAUAUGAUGAUUUAUGAGAUGAAACUCCUCAGACUCAGUCGUGACCAUGAUCUGAGGACAGAAGAUUUUUUCACAUUUUCACCGACAAGGAUCUAAUGGAUUUAAAUGUGGUUUGUUGAGGGUCAACAUUCAGUAUUUAUUUAUUAAUACAUAAAUUCAUAAAAUUUAAAAUAAUUUAAGUAUUACAGAAAAAAGAAGAUUAAAUUAAAGAACAAAGAGAUAUUCAUACGUACAUAUUUGUGUACACACACACACACACACACACACACACACACACACACAGUCUGGUGUAGUUACACCUCCAGGCCACCAGGGGUCACUCCGGUGAGGUCAGGCCAGGCGCGUCACUACUACGUCAUCCACACGCGACAGCAGCCACUGCCGGUUCUUCCCGAGUCUGAAAUGUGGCCGGUUUGACUGGAACCGUGAUUUUAUUCGUAACUUUUUUAUAUCAUAUUUAAUAGUUUCAUAGUUUUCGGUUGUUUCCGUGGUGAUGUGACGAGUCGCUGGACUUCCGGUCACCGGAACAAACCGACGCUGCUCGUCUCGGGGGGGAGGGGGGAGAGAAGAUGUCCCGUAAGAUACCGGACAGGUGGUUGGAUUACGCAGCUGUGGGGAAGAGACUGGACGGGACGAGAUUCAUCGCCUUCAAGGUUCCUCUGAAACAGUCUCUAAGCCGUCAGCUGCCUCGCGCUGACGUCUUUGGCCCCUGGGAGCUGCUGGACGUCCUGCGCAGAGACGACCAGGAGCUGCGUCUGAUCGUCGACCUGACCUUCACCACGCGCUACUACAGCGUCCAGGACCUGCCCUCAUCGCUGCAGUUUGUGAAGAUCUUCACGAAGGGUCACGAGGUUCCCAGCGACGCCACCAUUCUGAGCUUCAAGCGAGCGGUUCGCAGGUUUCUAAAAGACAAUGCAGACAAUGACACGCUGGUCGGCGUUCACUGUACCCACGGCCUGAACCGCACCGGAUAUCUGAUCUGCAGGUAUCUGAUCGACGUGGACGGGAUGGAUCCUCAUGCCGCAGUCAAGUUGUUCAACUCGUCUCGGGGCCACGACAUCGAGAGACAGAACUAUGUUGACGACCUGCGGUGUGGACCGAGGAGGAGUAACGUGGGGAUGGAGGAGAGCGAGCAGGAGCCACAGACAGGAAGUGCCACUCGUCGGCCGAGUGACGGCUCGGACGACUGUGGCAGCAGAGAGGAGAGACGAGCGGCACCACCCGGUGGAGACUCCUCGUAUCACAGAUCUUUUCCCCCACGAGGAACAAACCACCGCUCACAUCAUCAUCAUCGACCUCCACACGGCGGCUUCCUGCCCGACCCGCCUCCUCGACUCCAUCCACCGACGGCUGCCCCGCUUCCACACAAUCAGUGGACGCACCCGCAUCAUGGAAAUCAGUGGAAUAGUCCCGCCCAGUCCGAGCAGGACGGGUCCAGAUACCCCCCAGGUGAGCGGCAGUGGAGGAGUCCCCCCCAAUCAGAGGGGGGCAGGUCCAGAUACCCCACAGUUGAGCGGCAGUGGAGGAGACCCCCCCACUCAGAGGGGGGCGGGUCCAGAUACCCCCCAGGUGAGCUGCGGCAGUGGAGGACUCCCGCCCCCCGGUCGCAGCAGGACAGAAGAGGACCCCUGCCUCCCCCCCAACCCCGCUACUCCCCCCGCUGGGCCCACGAGUCCGCCGGCUGUGACGGAGCCGAGGAUGAGUGGGCGGAGCCAAAACCGAGACACACACACCGACACACACACGGACUGAAGAGAUACGACCACUAGUCUGAUCACAUGACCACGGAACACUUUUUUUACACGCCGCAGAUCUGAUGAAUCUGAUGAGUCUGAUGAAUCUGAUGAAUCUGAUGAGUCUGAUGAAUCUGAUGAGUCUGAUGAAUCUGAUGAGUCUGAUGAGUCUGAUGAAUCUGAUGAGUC